UCUCAUUCGAAAACAUGUUCCUAUACUUUCUUUACUGGUUACAGGAAAGUAAACUGAAAUUGUUAAAAAAGAUUUUUUUUUCCAAUAUAAAAUAAGCAAUGGUUACAAAGAUAAGAUAACUACGUCCAUGCAAAUAUGUAAUAAUUUGUGAUUUCCGUUUAUACUUAGCACUGAAAUUCAGAUAUAUUUAAUAAUCGUAUAAUUUUAUUUAUUGUAAAAUGCACAAUUGCUUUACCCGGCUAAUACUAUUUAAAAUGUUUGAUGAUCUGUACUCGAAUUAGUAUUGUAGAACCAGCUCUAGAAAAUUAUGUUUUAUUUUACUUUUUUGGGAUUUCUUUGUAUAAUAUUAGACAACGUAAGUAGCCAAGCGACAUCUGGAGUUGUAAAUGGUGCUUUUUAUUUAUGCCUUCCAACUGGCACGGUAUGUCCCACAGUUGGUGGUGGAACUAACACAAUUGAUCCUAGGAUAGUCACGCCGACAGGAACAGUAACACCAAAUGUAUGUCCAGCUGGAAGCACACCAUGUUUCGGUACAAACACAGCCUGCGGUACCAGAUUUAUAACACCAAAUAUGACAACACCCGGAUCAGCAAGUUUUGGAGCUUACCCAUGGCAAGCCUAUCUUAGAAACGCUACUAGCGCCUACGCCGGAAGUGGGGUACUUAUCAGCCCCUAUUAUGUAAUUACAGCUGCUCAUAAAGUAUAUUUAAAUGUAAAUACUCCAACGGCUGUAACUGUACUAAUGGGUGUCUACAAUCCAGUAAAUCUUGUUAAUGUUCAAACCAGUACGGUUACUAGAAUAGCCGUCCAUCCGUCUUUUGUAGCCAGUACUCUUAUUAAUGAUAUAGCAGUACUGCAACUGACUCAGCCAAUUGUACUAGGAAUUUACACCAAUAUCAACACCGCCUGCUUGCCAGCUGCUGGAACAACUUUUGUAGGACAACAAUGUGCAGUGAGUGGUUGGGGUCAAAGCGCUUUCAGCAUAUUUGACGCGCCUUCAAACCCACAAAGACAAAUCUUUGUGUCAAUUGUCAAUUACGCGACUUGUAGGGCAUCUUUUGCGCAAGCAAAUUUACUGGCAAAUAAUGUUGAUAUGUACUUGGAUCCUAACGGAGAAAUUUGUGCUGGAGGGGUUGCAAUGAUAGAUGCAUGUACACAAGAUGGUGGAGCUCCGUUGGUGUGCCCAAGUACGACAAACGUAUACAGUAUAGCUGGUUUAGUUAUAUGGGGCAAAAACUGUGGACAACAAAACGUUUAUGGAGUUUACGUCAGUGUUCCGUUCUAUCUUGCCUGGAUUCAGAGCCAGAUGACGACACCUGCCGGUUAGUGACAAUCCUAACCUAAUCUUUUAUUGUUAAUAUUUGUGUAAUACUGGAUACCUCAAAAUAUACUUAGCAUAAACAAUUUUUUCCACACCUAGUCUUUGUAUUUAGUAAUGUGAUCUUUUUUUAAAUAUAUUUUUUUUAAAAAACUUAGUUUUUAUUUGUUUUGAAAGAUAUCAUCUUUGAUGUCUUUGGAAUUUUAAUC